AUGACGUGUGUGGCGGCGUCGGUGACGCGAUGGGUCGGGCAGUGCAACGGCGACACGGUCCUGCUUCCGGCCGGGCGGUACACCGGAUGCUGGCGCGAUGUGCCGUACACGGUGGCCAAGUCUGUGCGACUUCUAGGCGAGGGCCCAGGCGCGGUGCUUGACUGCACGGCCGGCGAGCGGAGCGACGACGACGGUGCGCUGCUGUUCCGUGUGGAAGGGAGCACGACGGUGCUGAAAAUGGAGAACAUGAUUGUGCUCGGAGCGCGGACGAACAAGGCUGUGUUUGGCGGCGGCAGCAUCGAAGUUGUGGGCGGACGGCUGGAGCUUGUGUCUGUGACUGUGACCAACUCGACAGCGGUGACGGCGAACCAGCUGUCUGUGGCGUCGCCUGUGAUUGGGUUUGGCGGAGCGGUGCUGCUUCGCGACGGCGGGUCACUGGUGGCACGCGACAGCGCGUUCGUGUCGAACACUGCGGAGCAUUCUGGCGGAGCGAUUGCGGCGGUGGGGCGCGACGUGAGCGUUGUGUUUGAGCGGGUGCGGUGCGUGAACAACCAUGCGCUUGUGUCUGGCGGGUGCCUGUUCCUCGAGUCUGCAGACGGGACGUCGUUCCUGGAGAUUGUAGAGUCUGUGGUGGAGGACAACGAGGCUGUGGGCCGGUCUGCGGCGAUUGCGUAUCCGCGGCGCGGCGGCGGCGGAGCUGUGAUUGCGCUUGCGGGCAGCUUUAACGUGAGCGUGCAGCGGAGCACGAUUUCGCGCAACGUGGCGCUUGAGAACGGCGGCGGGCUGUUCCUGCGGGCGUCCGGCGAGGGCCGAAUUUCGGCCGAGUUUGGGACGCUGGGCGGCGGGAACGAGUCUGUGGUGUCGGACAACACGGCGCUCGGCGGGAGCGGCGGUGGGCUGCACGCGGUGUCGCUGGAGAACGGCGAGACGCGGAUUGUGCUCGGAAGCGAGGCGAUUGUGACGGCGAACUCUGCGAGCGGAAGCGGCGGCGGGAUCGCGGCCGAGGCUGAGCGAGCGAGCCUUGUGAGCUCGAACGCUGCUGACGUGCACGGCGGAGGCGUGGCCGGAAGUGGGCGUGGGGCGGACGGCCAGCUGACAGGCAGCACGCUGGCGGAGAACCGGGCGCGGCGGAUCGGCGGAGCGGUGAGCGCGAUCGGCGGCGGGCGGAUGGUUGUCGAUGGCUGCGUUGUCCGCGACAACGAGGCGGCGUUUGGCGGGGUGGGCGGAGCGACGUCCGGGGUCGACUACCUUGCCGGGACGGCGACGAAGAACGGCCAGGCGAUCGAGGCAUCGUCGGCGUCGCUGGAGGCGCUGCUGAUUGAGGACGAAGUUACGCUUGGCGAAGGAAGUCUGUACAGCUGCGCGGAGCGCGGCGGGGUGUUUGUGCGCUCGAGCGUGCUGAUGCGGAACUCUGCGGUGCACGGGAGCGUGGGCUUUGGGUGUGGGUCGCGGGUGAGCGUGGAGGGGACGGGAAGCGGGUUUGAGUUUGACGUGUCCGCCAAGCCGAACGGCAACGACGUGGGCUCUGGACUGUUCUUCAGCUGCCUGCCUGAGGGCGGGCUGUGUGGGAUGGCGGGCGAUCCGUGCUGUCUGGCCGAGUCGCCUGCGGAGCUGCGCGGGCUGCCGUGGGCGAGCGCGUCGAGCGGGAUGCUUGGGGCGUUCAACCAGAGCCUGGACAAGGUGCAGAGCGUGGUCGGAUACGGGGCGAUGGCGGCGAUGCCUGUGGUGUCGCUGCAGUGGAUGGCGGGUCUGCCGGAGCUUGUGUCGUCGGGAGCGCCGUUUGGGAGCGGGUACGGAGUGGUGACUGGUCGGGACGCGCUCGGACAAGUGGUUGUUGACCCGCAGCUGAUGCUCUCGAUGGAGUUUGAGGACGGGGCAAAGGAGGCCGAGUUUGCGUUUGUGGGCUCUGGGCGGCAGCAGCUGAUGACCGAUGCCGAGCUGUCGUUUGGCGGAGUAGGGAUUGCAGCGCGGAGCGGGGCCGAGGUGGGAGUGCCGAUUGCGGUGCAGAUUGCGGUUGCGCAGUCUGCGAUUCCACUGGAGCUUGUGCCGGAUGCGAUUGUGCGCGACUCUGUGGUUGUGCAGGCGUGCCUGCCGGGGUCUGGAGCGAUUAUCAGGCCGGGCUCGACUGUGCUCGAGUGCACGCUGUGCGCCGAGGGCACGUUCUCGAAUGCGACGUCGCUCGAGCCGUGCAAGAUCUGCCCGGCGUCGACGGUGCUGACUGGGCAAGGGGCGACCGAGUGUCUGGCGUGCCCGGAGAACGCGCAGGUCAUUCCCGGGUUUGUGCCCGAGCCUGGACUCGGACUCAACUGCUCGUGCAUUCCCGGGUUCUGGACGGCGACGGGACAGAUCAAUGUGGGGUGCGAGGCGUGUCCGGAGGGGGCCAAGUGCGACGGCGGGCAGUCGUUGCCUGUGGCACGGCCUGGGUUUUUUCCGACGGAGGAUCCUGGGGUGUUCCUGGAGUGCCCGAACGCCGGGGCGUGCAAGGGCGGGUUCCCGUUCCGGUGCACGGAGGGGUACACCGGACAGCUGUGCGGAGCGUGCGAUCGCGGGUACUAUGCGCUGAGCGGAUCGUGCUACAAGUGUGACAACCGGACGCUGCCUAUUUUCGCGGUGGUGUUUGUGCUCGCGGUGUGCUUUGUGGGCCUGCUCGUGUGGCUCAACGCCAAGGAGGAGCUGAGCUACCGGUUUGCGGCUGUGAUGAUCGGGUUCAACUCGCUGCAGAUCAGCGCGAUGUACGGGCAGUUUGAGCUGCCGUGGUCGAACUUUGCGUCGCAGUUUUUCAACGUGGUCUCGUUCUUCAACCUCAACUUUGACCUGAGCUCGCCCGAGUGUGCGACGGUGACGGACGAUGUGUGGCUGCUCAAGUGGUGGAUGACGGUGAGUCUACCGCUGCUGUUUGUUGUACCGUUUGCGAUUGUGUAUUGCAGCGUGAUGGUGAACAAGCACCACCUUGCGCCGCGGCUGGGGCAUGUGGUGCUGAUUACGGGCGGAGCGCUGCGCGACGCGUGCCGGCGUGCGUACCUGCAGCUGAUGGUGCUGCUGUACCUGCCGCUUGCGGCGAUGGCGAUGAGCUACCUGCAGUGCCGGCGCGACAAGGACGGGCGGUGGGUGCUCGAGGCUGCACCGGCGAAGAGCUGCUACGGGACGUGGUACUGGAACUACUUUGGAGUUGCGGUUGUGUUCUGCGUGGUGUACUGCCUGGGGCUGCCGUCGCUUGUGUUCUACCUGCUGACGCGGGUGCGGAGCGUGGCGGAUCCUGUGCUGUUCAGUCUGCGGUACGCGUUCCUUGUGGGGCGGUUCUCGCCGGCCAACUACCGGUUCGAGGUGUGGAUUAUGGCGCGCAAGGUGAGCGUGGUGAUGGCGAUGACGUUUUUCCGUGCGCCGAUGACCAAGGCGAACGUGGCGCUGUUUGCGCUUGUGGUGUCUAUGUGCCAGCUGGUGCGGUUCCUGCCGUACGACACAAUGUUCCACAACCACCUCGCGCUCGUGUGUCUCGCGUCGUGCCUGUGCAUUCUGUGGGCAGGGACGUUUGCAGAGGCCGAGCUGCGGAACGGGGUAGCCGCAGGUGCGAUCUGUAUCAACGUGCUCGCGAUCGUAGUGGGCAACAUCAUCGACCUUGUGCUCAUCUACCGGCGCGACAAGGAGACUGAGAAGCUGUUUGAGGCCGAAGUGGAGGCCGGCGGGUUUGUGGCCGAAGAGAUGUCGCUCGGAUCGACGUUUGACGAGGCGAUGAUGGGUGGCGAUGGUGUGGCGAUUGGCAACGUGGUGAUGAACCCGGUGUCGGCGAAUACCGAGCCUAGUAGCAAGCCUGGCGGAACGCGGUUUGCGGAGCGUGCGUGGAACCCGGCGUUCAAUCCCGCGUUUGACUCGCUGAUGUACGGAAGCUGUGCGGGCGGCAUCGAACUGGAGUCGCUUGGGACUCCGCCGCCGCUGAGCAAGGCACCGCUGACGGUGGCGUCUCCGUCUGUGAGCACUGUCGAAGCAACGCCAAAUGGCUCGCUCGACUCGCGGGCGUUUGACUCGUUGGCUGGAGGUGGCGGGCAGCUUGUGUCGGGCAUGGGCGCGUUUGAGUUUGUGUCUCCGCUGGUGCGUGUGGACGACGACUCGGACAGCGCGUCUGUGAAGGCGCUACGAACGCUGCCGCCGGAGAUUGACAUGGACGCGCUGAUGUCGCAGGGCAUGUUGGGCGGUGUGAUGCCGUCGCUGGGAGGCUCUGUGAUGGGGUCAGUCGACGGCGUUGCAGGCGGCGUUGCUGGUAGUGGCGCAGGCGGAGCGGCUGGCUCGUCGUCGUCGUCAUACGUGUCGACGGUUGAGAGCAGCAGCUCUAGCUCGAGUUCUGGCCCGGGGACGAGCUCAUCGAGCAGUAGUAGCUCGUAA